GCGUGGCUGCCCUGGCCUCCAGAAAGUCUGCCCGGCCCACCAAGCUGGACGCCAAUGGCCAGUCCCCGUAAGUUUCAUCUGGCAGCCUCCAAAGGCCUGACGGAGUGUCUGACUAUACUGCUUGCAAACGGGGCUGACAUCAACAGCAAAAACGAGGAUGGAAGUACUGCCCUGCACUUGGCCACCAUCUCCUGCCAGCCGCAGUGUGUCAAGGUCCUGCUGCAGCACGGUGCUAAUGAAGACGCUGUGGAUGCAGAAAACCGCAGCCCCCUGCACUGGGCAGCCUCCUCUGGCUGUGCCUCAAGCGUUCUCCUGCUCUGUGACCAUGAAGCCUUCCUGGACGUGUUGGACAACGAUGGACGCACACCCCUGAUGAUUGCGUCGCUGGGUGGUCACGCGGCCAUCUGCUCCCAGCUGCUGCAGAGAGGCGCCCGAGUUAACGUCACAGACAAGGAUGACAAGUCAGCUCUGAUCCUGGCCUGUGAGAAAGGCAGUGCUGAGGUGGCCGAGCUGCUCCUGAGCCAUGGGGCAGAUGCAGGGGCCGUGGACAGCACAGGGCGUGAUGCCCUGCACUAUGCCCUGCGGACACAAGACAAGGCGCUGUGGAAGCUGCUCCGGCAGGCCCUGAACCGGCGGCGGCGGGGAGGUCAGAAGCUGGUUCAACACCCAGAUCUUGUAUCCCAGGCCUCUCCAUCUGAGCCUCAGGUGGGUUCUCCACCAAAAAGCCCAUGGAGAGCAGAACCUGAGGAGGAGCAGGAGGAAGAGGAGGAUGAAGGCCUAUGCUUGGAAGACUGGAGGUGCAAAUAUGAGGAGGAGCAGAGGAAAGUUUCUCAAUUGGAGCAGGAGUUGGUGCAGAAGACAGAAGAGUGUAAGGCUCAAGCUGCAGCCUACCUGGGUCUGGAGAAUCAGAUUCGAGAGCAGGUGCAGGAGCUAGGGCUCCUCCUAGCCCCAGAGCUUGGAGCUCCAGAAGGGCAGGGCUCCGGUGUGCGGCCUGGAGGUGAUGGCAUGGAGCAGGGUUGUCCUCUGGACUCCCUGACUGAGUGUAUACAAAAGCUAAAGAAGCAGCAACAGGCUGCAGCCUCGGCAAACUCAACAUUCACUCCCAAGAGAGGGGAGGAGUCAGCCCCAGGAGAGAUCCAGGAUGAAGUCCAUGGAAGGUCCCAACCAGAAAAACAGGGCCUAUCCCAGAGCCCAGGGGCUGAGACCAGCAGGAAAAUCACAGAACAGACCCUCGGCCAGGGGGGACAGAUCCUUGGCCCUGAUGUUACUGACCAGCUGCAUGCUAUGCCAGCUGCUCCAGCCCAAGCCCCAGCAGGUGCAACGGCUGGACCAACGAGCACAGCAGCCGUGACCCAGCUCCUGCUACAACUAAGAGAGGAACUGGCUGCAGUGUGGCGUGAGAAGGAUGCAGCUUGGGGAGCUUUGUCAAGACCCAUCUUGGAGGGAGGCCUGGGGACUCCCAGGGCUGAGGCUGCAGCAGCUGCCUGGGAGAAGAUGGAGGCCCGGUUGGAGCAGGUGCUGGUGAGGCUGGAUAGGGCAAAUGCAGGGCUACAGGUGAAACCUGGCGUCCCUGCCCAGGAGUCCAGACAGGGAGCCCCAAAGGCAGCCCCACGAAGCAGCAGAAAAAAUGAAGAGGAGAAAAGGGCCCCCGGGGCCCGGGGAGAGCCUCUAGGGGCCCCAGGGGAAGAACUGUCCCCAGGAGAGGCAGGCCUGGCAAAGGCACAGCUGGAGAAGGAGGUGUCAGCCCUGAGACUGAGCAACAGCAACUUGCUGGAGGAGCUGGGGGAGCUGGGGCGGGAGCGGCAGCGCCUGCAGGGCGAGCUGCAGUCCCUGAGCCAGCGGCUCCAGCACGAGUUUGUGCCCAAGCCGGAGGCACAGGUCCAGCUACAGCAGUUGCGGCGGAGUGUGGGGCUGCUGACCGAUGAGCUGGCCUUGGAGAAGGAGGCCACCGAGAAGCUGCGGAAGCGCCUGGCCUCCCAGAGCAGUGGCCUCCGAGGGCUGUGGGACUGCCUGCCCCCAGACCUAGUGGGUAAGGGCAGCGCGGGGGGCACGGCAGCUGAGCCCCUGCAGGAGCUGCAAGCCUGCAUCAGUGCCCUGGUGGACAGGCACAAGGAGGCCCAGCAGGUGCUGGCUCGGCUGGAGAAGGAGAAUCAGCAGCUGCGCGGGUCCCUGUCCCCAGGUGGGGAGCCGGAUGCCUCCUCCAAGGUCCCCGCGCCCCCGCAAGUGGCUGCUUUGGAGCAAGACCUAGGGAAGCUGGAGGAGGAGCUGCGGGCUGUCCAGGCCACGAUGAGCGGGAAGAGCCAGGAGAUCGGGAAGCUGAAGCAGCUGCUCUACCAAGCCACGGAGGAGGUGGCAGAGCUGCGGGCCCGCGAGGCGGCCAGCCUGCGGCAGCACGAGAAAACCCGGGGUUCGCUCGUGGCCCAGGCCCAGGCUUGGGGCCAGGAGCUGAAGGUGCUGCUGGAAAAGUAUAACACCGCCUGCCGGGAAAUGGGCCAGCUGCGGGAAGCGGUGGCCGAGGAGCGCCGCAGGAGCGGGGACCUGGCCGCGCGCGCCGCCGAGCAGGAGCGCCAGGCCAGCGAGAUGCGCGGGCGCUCGGAGCAGUUCGAGAAAACAGCGGAGCUGCUCAAAGAGAAGACGGAGCAUCUCAUUGGUGCUUGCCGGGACAAGGAGGCCAAGAUCAAGGAGUUGUUGAAGAAACUGGAGCAGCUUUCGGAGGAAGUGCUAGCAGUUCGGGGAGAAAAUGCUCGCCUUGCCCUGCAGCUGCAGGAUUCCCAGAAGAACCACGAAGAGAUCAUCUCGGCCUAUAGAACUCAUCUGCUGAAUGCUGCUCAGGGCUACAUGGAACAAGAUGUUUAUAAUAUCCUGCUGCGAAUCCUCAGUAUGCAAGAGGUGUGAGGUGGCCUCCUGGUGUGCCCUCAGAGAGACUACACUGUGCUGAAUAAAAGCAUCAGCCCUCACAGUGGUGGAUGGAGGCUCCAUCGAGGUGUGGAGGCAGGAGGGGCUUGACCUGACAUCACGGAUCCUAAACCUGAGAACCUGAGAACCUCCUCAGCAUGGAGGAGACCAGAGGUGUGGAUGGCGACCAAGUCUACAGCAAAUAAAACAGGAGGCAGUACGGUGUUGGGUGUCAUCAUUUUUUCCG